CAUUCUGUACAGAGGUCAGAACUGAACACAGACACACAAACAUUUGUGUACAACAGCUGCAGAGACACUUGGGAAUUUGUAGGCAGAGAAACUGAAAACUCAGACUCCGAGGAAAUGGAGGAGAAGAAAGCUGUUUUGUUCAACUUCUGGGGGGUUGUCACUACGUCCAGACCUGAAUCUGUUAUCAACAAGCUGGAGGAGCUGCACAACCUGCAGGGAGGUGUUCUGUCCAGUGUGGCGUCCAAGAAAGAUGGAGCCAUGAUGCGAGCAGAAAGAGGAAGUCUGACUCUGACACAGAUGAUUCCAGAGUUUGAGGCAGAGUGUGUGAAGGAGGCACAGGGCAGAGGUGUAACGUUGCCGCCUGGUUGGUCCGCCCAAGUCCUGCUGGAGGAGCUCAGGAAGGAGAUGAUGGAUGUCAGAGAUGCAGUGAUAAAGAUGGCCACCAGUCUGCGGCAAAACGGAGUAAUGACAGCCGUGCUGGCCAAUCAGUGGAUCGACGACAGCACCUUUAGAGACACCUCGGCUCGCCUCCUCUGUCUGUUGGGGCGCCAUUUUAACCUGGUCCUCCAGUCCUGUCACUCGGGUCAUAGGGUCCCCGAGCCCGCCAUGUUCAACUCUGCUUUGCAGCGGCUGGGAGUCUCGUCACAGCAGGCUGUGUGGCUCGAUGUGGAUGAGGAGGGUGUGAAGGCAGCAGAGGCAGCAGGGAUGAAGGCCAUUCUGGUGGAAAAUCUGGAAGCCGCGUUGGAAAAACUGUCCGACUUUACCAAAGUUCAGCUUGUUGGAGCAGAAAGUCCUCCACUGCCCUGCAGUCCUGACCAAGUGUCUCAUGGAUACGUCCCAAUCAGACCUGGUGUGAGGACCCACUAUGUAGAGAUGGGCUCCGGUCCACCGGUUCUGCUCUGCCACGGUUUCCCUGAGAGCUGGUACUCCUGGAGGUUCCAGAUCCCAGCCUUGGCUGCAGCAGGGUUCAGGGUCUUGGCUCUGGACAUGAAGGGAUUUGGAGAGUCCACGGCACCUCCUGACAUCGAGGAAUAUUCUCAGGAACACCUUUGCAAGGAUUUAAUCACAUUCCUAGAUAAAAUGGCCAUACCACAGGUCACCCUGGUGGGUCACGACUGGGGCGGCAUUUUGGUUUGGAACAUGGCCCGGUACUUUCCAGAGAGAACCAGAGCCGUGGCAUCUCUGAACACUCCUCUGUUCCCGGUGGAUCCUUCUGUUCCUCCGUCAAAGAAACUCUUGGCUUUGCCCAUAAUGGACUACCAGAUCUAUUUUCAAAAACCAGGAGUAGCCGAGGCUGAGCUGGAGAAGGAUUUGGAGAGAACAUUCAAGAUUUUCUUCUUCAGACGCUGUGAAAAAGAGGAGAGUCUUGCGCUCAGCACUGCAGGAGUCUGCGCUCGAGGUGGUCUGUUCGUGGGUCUGCCGGAGGAGAUUCCCCGGAGCUCCAUGCUGACGGAGGCCGAGCUGCAGUACUACGUCAGCCAGUACAAAGAGAACGGCUUCAGGUGCCAGCUGAACUGGUAUCGAAACGGUGACACCAGCUGGAGGUGGAUGUGUUCGCUGCCCUCUGGGAAGAUUCUGAUGCCGGCGCUGAUGGUGACGGCGGGUAAAGACCCCGUCUUGCUGCCAGCAUUCUCACAUGGGAUGGAGGACUUGAUCCCGAACCUGAGUCGAAGACACAUAGAGGACUGUGGACACUGGACCCAGAUGGACAAACCAGCAGAGACCAACAACAUCCUGAUAUCGUGGCUUAAAGAAACACAUGAGAAGAACGGAGGGGUUACCAUGACAACUAAACAGUGAGGAAGGAGGGAGAAAUUACAUUUGACAUCUCCCCUUCAGGAUUUCAAAAAUAAACAACAAAAAAGUUAGAAAUAUGUAGUGAGUUUUAUAAUAGACAUGAAACUCAGUAAAAAAGAGAAACUUCAGGAAUAAAGAAUGCAAGGAAAG